CCUAAAACAAAAGUCCAAUUUCAGUCUCCAAAUCCAUCCGACAACAGGAACACAUGCAUUCGCAGACGCUAAACAGAAAUCGAAGUCAAAACCGAGUGCCAGAGAGAGCAAAAUCACAAUCGCCAUGGAAGCAGAGCUCGGAGCAGGAGCAACAAUGGCGGCACUCUCUCUUGCGGCGCUACUUCUCUUCUCGAUUUCUCUUCAUCUGUUCGAAUCGUUUCUAUGGAAUCCGAAAAGACGAAGAUCGAAGCUCCGCAAGCAAGGAAUCGACGGUCCUCCGCCGUCUUUCCUCCUCGGAAACCUCUCCGAAAUCAAGAACAUCCGAGCCCUAACUUCGGGAAUCGCAGAGGACGGAUCCAUCUCCCACGCCUGGCCUUCGAAUCUCUUCCCGCAUCUGGAGCAGUGGCGGAAUCGAUACGGGGCGAUGUUCGUGUAUUGGAGCGGGACGAUUCAGAUUCUGUGCGUGACGGAGAUGGAGACGGUGAAGGAAAUUUGUCUUUCGACUUCGUUGAGUUUGGGGAAGCCGGCGCACCUGUCGAAGGAUCGUGGGCCGUUAUUGGGCCUCGGGAUUUUGGCCUCGAGCGGCCCAAUUUGGGUUCAUCAAAGGAAGAUCAUUGCUCCUUCACUAUACCUUGACAAAGUUAAGGGCAUGACAAGUCUAAUGGUGGAAUCUACCAGCUCCAUGCUAAGAUCAUGGGAAAGUAGAGUUGAAAAUGACGGAGGACGAUCUGAAAUCAACGUCGAUGGCGAUUUGAGAGCCUUGUCUGCAGAUAUAAUCUCGAAGGCCUGUUUUGGAAGCAAUUAUUCCGAAGGGAAAGAGAUAUUCCUAAAACUCAGAGCUCUUCAAGUUGUCAUGUCCAAAGGAAGCAUCGGUGUUCCCGGUUUCAGGUACAUCCCCACCAAAAACAAUAGAGAAAUGUGGAAGUUAGAGAAGGAAAUCGAGUCGAUGGUUUUAAAAGUUGUGAAUGAACGAAUCGAGCACUCCUCACAUGAUCAAGAUUUGUUGCAGAUGAUUCUUGAGGGUGCUGAAAGUCUUGGUAAAGACGACAAGUCGUUGAAUAUUUCCCGAGACAAGUUCAUCGUAGAUAACUGCAAGAAUAUCUACUUUGCUGGUCACGAGACGACUGCAAUAACAGCAUCAUGGUGCUUGAUGUUACUGGCAGCACACCCGGAUUGGCAAGCUCGAGCUCGUUCUGAGGUGCUUCAAUGUUGUCAAGAUAGGCCCAUCGAUGCCGAUACCGUUAAGAACAUGAAAACGCUAACAAUGGUGAUUCAAGAGACGCUGAGGCUCUACCCACCUGCAGCUUUUGUCACAAGAGAAGCAUUGGAAGACAUAAGAUUAAAAAGCCUAACAAUCCCGAAAGGAACGAAUGUCCAAAUCCCGAUCCCAAUGCUACAACAAGACUUCGAUCUCUGGGGACCUGACGCCUGCUCAUUCGAUCCACAGAGGUUCAGCAAUGGCAUUCUUAGAGCUUGCAAGAAUCCGCUAGCUUACAUUCCCUUCGGGGUCGGACCACGGGUUUGCGCGGGGCAACACUUUGCAAUGGUAGAGCUGAAAGUGAUAGUGAGCCUUGUUCUGUCGAGAUUUGAGCUAAGUGUUUCCCCUUGUUAUAAGCAUUCCCCUGCAUUCAGGUUGGUCGUGGAGCCAGAGAAUGGAGUUGUUCUUCAUUUAACGAAGCUCUCUAAUCUUAAUUAGUGCUAAUGGAUCAUUUUUCUAUGUUGUUUUGUGGUUGAAAAUCUUGAAGAAGUUUUGAUAUAAUAAUACAUACAAUGGAAUAUGAUGUGUUAUUUUGAUAAAAGAAAA